AUGACAGUCCGAUAUGUGCCACCGUUGGACAAUUCCACGAUGGACAGCCCUUCGCGGCAGAUCAUGCAAGAGCUCAUUCAAGGUCUUGAGAGCGUCAAAAUCUUCAAUGCUGACUUGAAGAAGGUCCAUGAAUAUGAGCGCACUGCCUACGAGAAUGAGCUCGACCGAAAGGAUCGUGAAGUAGAAGCGAUCCAUAAUGCCGCUCUAGAUGAGGCAGCAGCACAUCAUACACAAUUACGCGAAGAGGCCGAGGCUACCCUCAGAGCGCACGUUCGCGCAGAAGAGGAGGCACAGCGACAACGAGAAGAAGCCGCCCGCAAGGAGAAAGAGCGGAUCGAGAAGGAAAGAGCCGAAAAACUCCGUCGUGAGCAGGAAGAAGCCGCGCGUGUGGAGGCCGAACGCCUGGCCAAAGAACAGGCCAAGGAGAAGGCCAAGGCAGAGGAAGCACGUAAAGCCCAGGAGGCUGAAAGCGCACGCAACGCAGCGAUACAGGAGAGCCAGCGCAAAGAGCGCGAGGCAGCUGAGGCUCAACAGCGCAAGCAAGAGCAAGAUGCUCAAAAAGCCAAGGAGGAAGCUGAAGAGCGAGCUCGCAGUCAGCAGCAGCAAAAGCUCGGGGCUGGACGUCUCUCUGAAAAGGAACUCGCGACCCAGAAGCGCUAUGUUGAGCUUCAUAAAGUUCUUAAAGAGUUUCGUGCGUGGCUGGUUGGCGAGAGCAAGAAGAAUCCCGAGAUGAAGAAAUAUGUCGGAGAUCUACGUCGGACGAUCAGGAAGUCCGUUGGUCAACUUCGUGCCGGCAAGGGUGCUAACGCAGCUCAACUUGCCCAAAUUAAGUCCGAGCUUGAAAAGGCCGCUGCGAUUCCCGAACCCUCGGUUGAUGUGCAACGAUUCAUGGCCUUUCCACCCGCUAAUAUGGCUUUGGAAAAACACAAGAUUUCCGCCAUGCUUCUUUAUGCUUUGAAUAUCUACGCAAAGGCAUUGAUAUCUGCCCUCCUCACCGAAGCAGCUCUCAACCCAGGCCAUGCCGAGCCACUUGGCAUCAUGGCAGCACAGAUAUUCUCCCAGGAGGCCUUUAUGUACCAGGGCAUGCCCCUUUCAGACGUUUUGAUGGCCAAGUUCCGGGUAGUGUGCCCUGCCCUCUGGGGCUUCACUGGCAACGACAAAACCGAUUCUGGACGGCGUGCCCUGGGCUGGUGGCGUGAAGAAGCCGACGGUCCGUUCAUCUCCGAGCAAGCACACCUGGAUCGGAUGACUGCUCUGGGAUCCGGAUACGCGGCCAUCACCCUGCGUAACUUCGGUAAAACAGCUCGCAAAAACCCCUUCCCCAACACCAUGUUCUGGGACUCCAUCACCAAAAUCCUGGCUAUUCCACCUUCAGAAAUACAGGAGACCCAAAUUAUUCUCCUGGGCUCUCUCCUCCGCUCCUCCCCCGAACGCAUUCUGGGAUUCUUUGGCCAAAUCGGCCUCGUCCUCAUGCGCAAAGCUUUGGUCGAACUCCCUGCAGCUGUUCCCAAGCAAACAGUCGCAGUCAUCCAACUGACGGCACUGAAAGAGACGCUACGCCGGGAGAAGAAUAUCUUACUAUGA